GGGCUGCGGGUCCCGGUAGGUGCCGUGGGGGGGAAGGUGGUUUGAGGGAGUGAGAGCAGCCGGCGCUAGAAAAGCUAGAAAAGGAGCAGCUUCGCGGCUGGGUGGAGUCGUUACAAGCUUCUUCCCUCCAUUUGCAUGUGCAUUGGAAUAGUGGCUGCUUUAAUCAUUGCAGGACUUAAAGCAACCUCCCGCAAACAUGGCAGACGAGGACCUUAUUUUUCGUAUGGAAGGGAUUGAUAAUGGUAGAUCGACUAAAGUGAACUCUGGAAAUUAUCUUGAUGCUGAUAGUGAUGAUGAAGACAAUUACUAUAUCUGUCCGAUAACUGAUGAUCCAGUUUCUAACAAGUCUGCCAGUAUCAAAGUUGACAAUUAUUAUAGCAACUUAGCAAAAACUGAACAGUACAGUUCCAGCUCUUCUCCUAGAAACUCGUUUAGCUUUAAGAAUGACACACAGCAUCGCUCUAAGCACGGCUCUGUGGUUGACCGUAGUCGGGAAACCUGGAAACAUGCUAUUGAGAAAGCUAAGCACAUGCCUGAUCCAUGGGCAGAAUUUCAUCUUGAGGACAUUGAGACAGAACAUGCCACUCGCUACAGGUACAAUGCAGUUACUGGGAACUGGGUUGAAGAUGAAGUUCUCAUCAAGAUGGCUUCACAACCCUUUGGCCGUGGAGCAAUGCGAGAAUGUUUCAGAACGAAAAAGCUGUCCAACUUCUUGCACACACAGAACUGGAAGGGCGCCUAUAACUAUGUUGCCAAGAAGUACAUAGAGAGCGUAGGCAGGGAGGUAUAUUUUGAGGAUGUCCGACUUCAGAUGGAAGCAAAACUCUGGGGAGAAGAGUACAAUCGGCACAAACCACCAAAACAGGUGGAUAUAGUACAGACCUGUAUUAUUGAAAUGAAGAACAGACCUGGAAAGCCUCUCUUUCAUCUGGAACAUUACAUUGAGGGCAAAUACAUCAAAUACAACUCAAAUUCUGGAUUUGUGCGAGACGACAACAUUCGUCUUACUCCGCAAGCCUUCAGUCACUUCACCUUUGAGCGCUCAGGACACCAGCUCAUUAUUGUUGAUAUUCAGGGAGUUGGAGAUCUUUACACAGACCCUCAGAUACAUACAGAGAGUGGUACCGAUUUUGGAGAUGGCAACCUAGGUGUUCGAGGUAUGGCCUUAUUCUUUCAUUCUCAUUCCUGCAACAAGAUUUGCAAAAGCAUGGGCCUUGCACCAUUUGAUCUUUCAUCCAGAGAGAAGGAUGCCUUGGAUUAUAAUAACAAAUUGCUUGAAUCUGCUCAGACAAUUCUACGUGGCACAGAGGAAAAAUGUGGCAGCAGCCGGGUGAGAACAAUUUCUGGUAGUCGGCCUCCUCUGCUGUCCCGCCUGUCUGAAAACUCUGGAGAUGAGAGCAUGAGCGAUGUGGCAUUUGACUCUCUACCCUGCUCUCCUUCUUCAGCAACACCUCACAGCCAAAAGAUGGACAUGCUUCAUUGGCCGGUGUUUAAUGAAGUAGAUAACUUGAUUCACAAAGACUAUGAUCAGCUUGAUAACCAAAGAGAUUUUGAAAAUGGUGGAGACAGUGGAUAUCCCAGUGAAAAGAGAAGCGAAUUAGAAGAUCUGGAUCAUAGAGAGAGGGGCCAUUCAAACAACAACCGAAGACAUGAAUCUGAUGAAGACAGUUUGGGAAGCUCUGCAAGGAUCAGCGUGGAGAAAUGGAAUCUCUACAAUUCUUCUAGAGUCCACAUCCACAGACCAUCCUGUGUCGCUCAAGAAAUUCAGAGACUUAAUGCUCUAGAACUUGAGAAGAAAAUUGGGAAAUCAAUCCUUGGGAAGGUUCACCUGGCCAUGGUUCGCUACCAUGAGGCUGGACGUUUCUGUGAGAAAGACAAAGAAUGGGAUCAGGAGUCAGCUCUGUUUCACCUGGAGCAUGCUGCAGACUGUGGGGAGCUGGAAGCCAUUGUUGGGUUAGGACUCAUGUGCUCUCAGCUGCCACAUCACAUUCUUUCUGAGGUUACUCUGGAGGACACAAAAGAGAACAGAAAAAAAGGAUUUGACUACUUGCUGAGAGCAGCAGAAGCUGGAGACCGGCCUUCCAUGAUACUGGUAGCAAGAGCAUAUGAUACAGGUGUAAAUCUUGGUUCAGACAGAGCACAGGAUUGGAAGGAAGCGCUGUACUGGUACAAUGCUGCCCUGAACAUGACUGACUAUGAUGAGGGAGGUGAAUAUGAUGGCACUCAAGAUGAGCCCCGGUAUCUGCUCCUGGCCAGGGAAGCAGAGAUGUUGAUGACAGGAGGGUUCCACUUGGAUAAGGAUCCACAGAGAUCAGGUGAGCUCUACACAGAAGCAGCAGAAGCAGCAAUGGAAGCUAUGAAAGGCAGACUGGCAAAUCAAUACUACCAAAAAGCAGAAGAGGCUUGGGCAAUGAUGGAAGAAUGACAUCGCAAUUACGCAGUUCUUGUAUAUAAAUUUUUUAUAUACUGUGUUCACAGCUAAAAAGAUAUAUUUUUA